AUAAAUGCAGUGACAGUUGCAUUCUGUGUGUGCAUGCAUGUGUGGUAGAGAUAGUGGAAAUAGAAAGUGAGAGAGGGAGGGAGAGUGAAUGAGCAAAGGGGAAUGCUUGCCACUGAGUGGCAGGGAAAAGGAAUAAGGAAAUUGAAGUAGCCGCCGUAUGCUGUGGAUUUUUAUGAAUAUCUUGCUUGAAGUGAAUAUUCUUUUUUGGGAAAAAAAGAUGGGAAGCUCGCAUUUUCUGAACAAAGGCUUGCCUUUAGGCAUUCGACCGCCUAUCAUGAAUGGGACAAUGAACCCACGGCCCCUGGUGGCCCUGCUGGACGGGCGUGACUGCACCAUAGAGAUGCCAAUCCUGAAAGACGUGGCCACUGUGGCCUUCUGUGAUGCCCAGUCCACCCAGGAGAUCCAUGAGAAGGUACUGAAUGAGGCUGUAGGAGCUCUGAUGUACCACACCAUCACGCUAAUGAGGGAGGACCUGGAGAAAUUCAAGGGACUUCGGAUCAUCGUCCGCAUCGGCAGCGGCUUCGACAAUAUCGACAUCAAGUCGGCUGGAGAUUUAGGGAUAGCAGUGUGUAACAUGCCAGCAGCAUCGGUGGAGGAGACAGCGGACUCCACACUGUGUCACAUCCUGAACUUGUACAGACGAACCACGUGGCUUCACCAGGCACUCCGCGAGGGCACCAGGGUACAGAGCGUGGAGCAGAUCAGAGAGGUGGCGUCCGGUGCGGCGCGGAUCCGCGGGGAGACACUUGGCAUCAUCGGCCUCGGCCGUGUAGGCCAGGGUGUAGCACUCAGAGCCAAAGCGUUUGGGUUCAAUGUGAUCUUCUAUGACCCAUACCUGUCUGACGGGGUGGAGCGAGCCCUGGGCCUGCAGCGUGUAAACACCCUCCAGGACCUGCUUUUCCACAGCGACUGUGUCACCCUCCACUGCAGCCUCAAUGAGCACAACCACCACCUCAUCAAUGACUUCACCAUCAAACAGAUGCGCCAGGGUGUGUUCCUGGUUAACACGGCCCGAGGGGGGCUCGUGGAUGAGAAGGCCCUGGCACAGGCCCUGAAAGAGGGGAGGAUACGAGGGGCAGCCCUGGAUGUCCACGAGACAGAGCCCUUCGGCUUCAGCCAGGGACCUCUGAAAGAUGCUCCUAACCUGAUAUGUACUCCCCACGCUGCCUGGUACAGCGAACAGGCUUCUAUUGAGAUGAGAGAGGAGGCAGCCCGGGAGAUCCGACGAGCCAUUUCAGGUCGUAUUCCAGACAGCCUAAAGAACUGUGUGAAUAAAGAGUUCCUGUCCCAGACAACUCACUGGGUCAAUAUGGACCCUGCUGUCAUUCAUCCUGAGCUCAAUGGGCCCUACAGGUACCCUCCUGGUGUUGUGAGUUUGGCCUCUGGGGGGCUCCCUCCGCCUAUAGAGGGAAUCGUUCCUAAUGCCGUGCCCAUAACACACAGCCUGCCCAGCGUCGCCCACCCCUCUCACGCCCCUUCGCCGGGCCAGCCAGGCAAAGCAGAGUCAGACAGAGAGCAGCACACCAAUGACCAGUUGUUGUAGCCCCGCCCCACAGAGCUCUGUCCAACCAAAAUAAUUCUACUGGUCUUCAUUCGUUCGAAGAGGAAUGGAGUUGAAGCCUCAUAGGUUUCAAACAGCUGCCAUGAAACAGACUGACUCACAGAGGUCUUUUACAGUUCAUCUGGUCCAACCAUAGUGGUAAUCUUUUUCAAACAUUUUUAUUGUAGAAAAAAAUAAUAAUAAUGUGGAUUUGGAAAGAGAAAAUACAAAGAUCUUUUAAAGAGAAUCCUGCUGUUUAGACUGUAGUUUGACCUAGUAAAGUGGGCCAAUAUCUGUUGCUGUGUCCUAUGGGUUCAUCGUUAAAGCAGAAGUAGUUGAUUAUAACAUGAAUAACCUGUUUGUGUACAGUUUUUAGAACUAUGAAAACAAUAUUUAUAUUGCAGUCUAAUAGAAAAAAAGGGUGAAAACUAAACAACUGAUUUUUAAAAGUGUUUAUAUAUUCCCCAACAAGCCCCAAAAGAGGAAGCUUUUGCACAACUUCUCAGGAAAUUUAAUUUCUCUAGUUAUUUUCCAUUUAUGCCAGAUAGUGCUUUCUUUUUCUACCUGCCUGCCUGUUUUGUUUAUAUUAGCAAACAUACUAACCCAUAAGAGUCUAAGCUGGGGGAGGAGGUGUGUUCUACUAAGCUAUAUGGAAUUGUUUUAGGAAGGUCACACCAAAGAAGAUUUAGCUAUUUGAUUUUGAAUUUUAAGACCCCUUGAAGGAUCCAAAAAAAAAUAAUAAUUUUAAAACAAACUUCCUUUAGAUUUUUUUGUGUGGGACUAUCGGUUGUUCCAUCUGUUAUUAGAUGUGUUUGUAUGGACUAAUAAGCAGUAGGGCUAAAUACAAAUUGUAGGUAUCAAAAAAAAUAUAUAUAUAUAUUUGAUGUAAAAAUGUAUUUCGCCUUACUGCUAUUAGCCCAUACAAAUGCAUUGAUUAACAACAGAAGCACUACAUGCAAAAACAGAUAGUCACCCCCCAAAGAAUCUAAAGAAAGUGUCUGCCCUAUACAUGAGAGGCCUGUGAGUCUUCUGAGGCCUGUGAGCAAAACAACUGACGUACUGAUGUACAGUACUAGUCAAAAGUUUAGACACAUCUACUUAUUCAAUGUUUUUUCUUUAUUUUUACAUUUUCCACAUUGUAGAAUAAUAGUGAAGACAUACAAACUAUUAAAUAACACAUUUGGAAUCAUGUAGUAACCAAAAAAGUGUUAAACUAAUCUAAAAAUAUUUUAUAUUUGAGAUUCUUCAAAGUAACAUCCUCUCAACCAGCUUCAUGAGUUACCUGGAAUGCAUUUCAAUUAACAUGUGUGUGCAUUUCAAUUAACAUGUGUGCCUUGAUAAAAGUUCACUUGUGGAAUUUCUUUCCUUCUUAAUUGGUUUGAGCCAAUCAGUUGUGUUCUGACAAGGUGGGGGGAGGGGGGUUGGUAUACGGAAGAUGGCCCUAUUUUGUAAAAGAUCAAAUCAAAUUUUCCUGGUCACAUACACGCGAUUUGCUGAUGUUAUUGCGGGUGUAGCGAAAUGCUUGUGCUUCUAGCUCCGACAGUGCAGUAAUAUAUAACAAGUAAUAUCUAACAAAUUACACAACAUAUACCCAAUACACACAAAUAUAAGUAGGAAUGAAUUAAGACUAUAUACAUCUGGAUGAGCGAUGUCAGAGCGGAACUGAACUACAGUAGUGUCACACCCUGACCAUAGUUUAUUUGUAUGUUUCUAUGUUUUAGUUGGUCAGGGUGUGAUCUGAGUGGGCAUUCUAUGUUGGAUGUCUUGUUUGUCUAUUUCUUAGUCUGGCCUGAUAUGGUUCUCAAUCAGAGGCAGGUGUUAGUCAUUGUCUCUGAUUGGGAACCCUAUUUAGGUAGCCUGGGUUUCACUGUGUGUUUGUGGGUGAUUGUUCCUGUCUCUGUGUUUGCACCAGAUAGGGCUGUUUUCGCACAUUUGUUAUUUUGUUAGUUUAUUCGUGUAUAGUUUCCUUAUUAAAUAAAAUGAAUCACAACUACGCAACUACUCCUCCUUCCCACAACGAAAGCCGUGACAAGUAGAAUAGUAUAGAAAACAGUAUAUACACAUAUGAGAUGAGUAACGCAAGAUAUGUAAAUAUUAAGUGACUAAGAUACCAUAGAAUAGUAUAGAAUACAGCAUAUGAUAUGAGUAAUGCCAGAUAUAAGUAAACAUUAAAGUGACUAGUGUUCCAUUCCUUAAAGUGGCCAGUGAUUUCUAGUCUAUGCCUAUAGGCAGCAGCCUCUAACGUGCUAGUGAUCGCUGUUUAACUGUCUGAUGGCCUUGAGAUAGAAGCUGUUUUUCAGUCUCUCGGUCCCAGCUGUGAUGCACCUGUACUGUCCUCGCCUUCUGGAUGAUAGCAGGGUGAACAGGUAUUGGAUCGGGUGGUUGAUGUCCUCAAUUAUCUUUUUGUCCUUCCUGUCACAUCGGGUGCUGAAGGCGUCCUGGAGGAUGGGUAGUUUGCUCCCGGUAAUGGGUUGGGCAGACCGCACCACCCUCUGGAGAGCCUUGGGGUUGUGGGUGGUGCAGUUGCCGUACCAGGUGGUGAUACAGCCCAACAGGAUGCUUUACAUUGUGCAUCUUUUAAAGUUUGUGAGAGUUUUAUGUGACGAGACUAAUUUCUUUAGCCUCCUGAGGUUGAAGAGGCUCUGUUGCACCUUCUUGACCACACUGUCUGUGUUGGUGGUCCAUUUCAGUUUGUCAGUGAUGUGUAAGCCAAGGAACUUGAAGCUUUCCACCUUCUUCACUGAGGGCCCAUCGAUAUAGAUAGGGGGGUGCACCCUUUGUUGUUUCCUGAAGUCCACGAUCAUCUCCUUUGUUUUGUUGACGUUGAGUGAGAGGUUGUUUUCCAGGCACCACACUCUCAGAGCCCUCACCUCCUUCCUGUAGGCUGUCUCGUUAUCGUUGUUAAUCAAGCCUACUACUAUUGUGUCGUGUGCAAACUCAUCGUGUGCAAAAAGUCAUGGGUGAACAGGGAGUACAGGAGGGGGCUGAGUACGCACCCUUGUGGGGCCCCAGUGUUGAGGAUCAGCAGAGUGGAGGUGAUGUUUCCUACAUUCACCACCUGGGGGCGGCCUGUCAGGAAGGCCAGGACCCAGUUGCACAGGACGGGGUUCAGACCCAGGGCCUUGAGCUUAACGAUGAGCUUGGAGGGUACUAUGGUACCAUCCUCUUAUCCAGAUGGGAUAGGGCAGUGUGCAGAGUGAUGGCGAUUGCAUUGUCUGUGGAUCUAAAGGGGUGGUAAGCAAAUUGAAGUGGGUCUAGGGUGGCAGGUAAGAUAGAGGUGAUCUGAUCCUUGACUAGUCUCUCAAAGCACUUCAUGAUGACAGAGAUGAGUGCUAUGGGUGCUACUGGGCGAUAGUCAUUAAGUUCAGUUACCUUUGCCUUCUUGGGUACAGGAACAAUGGUGUCCAUCUUGAAGCAUGUGGGGACAGCAGACUGGGAUAGUGAAAUGCCCGUAAACACACCAGCCAGCUGGUCUGAACAUGCGCUGUGGACGCGGCUUGGGAUGCCGUCUGGGCCGGCAGCCUUGCGAGGGUUAACACGUUUAAAUGUUUUACUCACGUCGGCCAUGGAGAAGGAGAGCCCACAGUCCUUGGUAGCGGGCUGAGUUGGUGGCACUGUGUUAUCCUCAAAGCGUGUGAAGAAUGUGUUUAGCCUGUCCGGAAGCAAGACGUUGGUCUCGGCGACAUGGCUGGUUUUCCUUUUGUAGUCUGUGAUUGUCUGUAGUCCCUGCCACAUACGUCUCGUGUUUGAGCCGUUGAAUUGCAACUCCACUUUAUCUCCACACUGACGUUUAGCUUGUUUGAUUGCCUUGAGGAGUGAAUAACUACAUGGUUUAUAUUAUUUUUAUAUACAUUUUUUUGUACCCCUUUUCUCCCCAAUUUCAUGGUGUCCAAUUAGUAGUUACCGUCUUGUCCCAUCGCUGCAACUCCCAUACGGACUCGGGAGAGGCGAAGGUCGAGAGCCAUGCGUCCUCCAAAACACAACCCAGCCAAGCCGUACUGCUUCUUGACACAAUGCCCACUUAACCAGGAAGCCAGCUGCACCAACGUGUCGGGGGGAACACUGUACACCUGGCAACUGUGUCAGCGUGCAUUGCGCUCAGCCCACCACAGGAGGCGCUAGUGCACGAUGGAACAAGAGCAUCGCUGCCGGCCAAGUCCGCCCUUGGGUUUCCUGGUCGUAGCCGGCAGCAACAGAGUCAGGACUCGAAUCAGGAUCUCUAAUGACACAGCUAGCGCUGCAAUGCAGUGCCUUAGACAACUGCACCACUCGGGAUGCCCACUGUUUAUAUUCUGUCAUAUUCCCAGUCACCUUGCCAUGGUUAAAUGCGAUGCUUCACGCUUUCAGUUUCGCGCGAAUGCUACCAUUUAUCCACGGUUUCUGGUUGGGGUAAGUUUUAAUAGUCACAGUGGGUACUACAUCUCCAAAUCACUUCCUUAUAAACUCUAGAUUAUUUUCGUAAGCACCCCGGAACAUAUCCCAGUCCACAUGAUCAAAACAAUCCUGAUGCGUGGAUUCCGAUUGGUCAGACCAGCGUUGAAUAGUCCUUAGCACGGGUACAUCCUGUUUGAGUUUCUGCCUAUAGGAAAGGAGGAGCAAGAUGGAGUCAUGGUCAGAUUUGCCAAAAGGAGGACGGGGGAGGGCCUUGUAAGCAUUCCGGAAGUUUGAAUAGCAAUGGUUGAAAGUCUUAGCAGCGUGAGUAGUACCGUCGAUAUGUCGAUAGAACUUCGGCAGCCUAGUCCUCAAAUAUGCUUUGGUAAAAUCCCCAGAUACAAUAAAUGCAGCCUCAGGAUAUGUGGUUUCCAGUUUGCAUAAAGUCCAGUGAAGUUCUUUGAGGGCCGUUGUGGUAUUGGCUUGAGGGGGGAUGUAAAAUGGCCGUGGCAACGACAGAGGAGAAUUCACUUGGGAGAUAAUAUGGUCUGCAUUUGUUUGUGAGGUAUUCUAGGUCAGGUGAACAAAAGGACUUGAGUUCCUGUAUAUUCCUAUAAUUACACCAUUAGUCUGUGGCAAAGAAGGGGGUAGAGUGGUAAAUGGCAGAUAUGUGAGAGCAGAACUAAUAAACGGGCUCUGCCCGAUCACUAAAAUGGCCACCCCUGUCAGAACUACAGAUCACAAAAUGGCCGACCACCAAAACUACAAGUCCCAGAAGCAAGGGGAACCCUCAGAAGGUGGAGCCAACCCACAGAUAAAGGGUCAAGAAAAACCAGGAAGAGAAGAAGAGAGUGCUGGAAGGAUCUAUGAACAAUAGAGAAAGAGACAAUAGAGAUUGGCUGGAUUUACCGUGUAUGAGUUGGACUGUUUUGGACUUACCUGUUGGCGUUUGGACUUGGACCUACCGAGAACCCGAUUCGUGUACCGAACCCUGCUAUCCUUGACCUCGCCUACGGCCUGGGUGGACCAGGACGGACAAACAAACACACAGGUACUGUCCUGUUCGAAAGAACUCUCAUUCUUGGGUGAUUUGGUGACAGUUUACCACUUAGUUUGUGACAAACGCUCCUAACCUUGAAGAGUUUUGCCACAAGUCGUUAAUCAUGAAACACACCCCUCCGCCCUUCUGCUUCCCGGAGAGAUAUUUAUUCCUGUCUCUGUGAUGUACUGAGAAUCUUGCUGGCUUUACCGACUCCGACAGAGUAUCCAGAGAGAGACAUGUUUCCGUGAAACAAAGUACGUUACAGGCCCCGAUGUCUCUCUAGAAAGAAAUCCUUGCUCUAAGCUCAUCAACUUUGUUAUCCAAAGACUGAACAUUAGCAUGUAAUAUACUCAGAAGCGGUGGGUGGUGUGUGUGCCUCUUAAGUUGAACCAGCAGGCUGCCUCGAGUACCUCUCCUCUGCCGGCGAUGUUUUGAGUCGGUCUCUGGAAUAAGUUAAAUUGCUCUGGGGAGAGUGAACAAAGGGUCUGCUCCAAGGAAGUCGUAUUCCUGGUCGUAUUGCUGGUAGUUCUGGUGAGUUACCGCCGCUCUAAUAUCCUAUAGAUCUUCCCGGGUGUCUGUAAUGGGAUCAUCAUUUGUUUUUCAACAGGACAAUAAUCCAACACACAUCCAGGCUGUGUAAGGGUUAUUUUACCAGGAAGGAGAGUGAUGAAGUGCUGCAUCAGAUGAUGCAUCAGAUCAUCUGACCUCAACCCAAUUAGGGAUGUUUUGGGAUGAGUCAGACCGCAAAGUGAAGGAAAAGUGCUCAGCAAAUGUGGGAACUCUUUCAAGAAUGUUGGAAAAGCAUUCCAAGUGAAGCUGGUUGAGAGAAUGCCAAGAAUCUCAAAUAUGAAUUAUAUUUUGAUUUGUUUAACACUUUUUUGGUUACUACAUGAUUCCAUGUGUUAUUUCAUAAUUUUGAUGUCUUCACUAUUAUUCUACAAUGUAGAAAAUAGUAAAAAUAAAGAAAACCCCUUAAAUGAGUACGUGUUCUAAAACUUUUGACCGGUAGUGUAAUUAUUUUGGGUCAACCAAAAUCCAAAAGAGAUGUUUGUGACUGUAUGCAUUUGUAUUAAUUAUUUUAAAAAUAAAUAAAAGUCCCUGUUAAAAUAUCAAAUGUUAUGUCUUUGUCCGUUGGCAUUCAGUCCAAGGUAAAUGGAUGCAUUACCGAAUAGCUGCCUGCAAGGCCAUUGUACAUGUAUCUGAAUUAUUGUUUCGAUUUUCAAUAAACAUAUUAAUGUAUUUCAUCUCAAGGAUAUAGGAAUAAACACAUAUUCAUCUUGCUUCGUGGGGGGAAAAAAGAUCUUGAUGAAUUACAUUUUUGUAUAUGUUGGAACACAGAAACCUAUGCACUGGAAGCACAAGCAUUUCGCUACACUCGCAUUAACAUCUGCUAACCAUGUGUAUGUGACAAAUAAAAUUUGAUUUGAUUAUAGGAGACAAGUAAGUAGCAUACUCAAUCAAAUAUCAAUCUACUCCGUUGUUCAACUUGUUAGAUUUUCUUUGAGGCAAUGGGGUUACUCUUUUUUUAGGGUGAAUUAUAUUUGAAUGUCAAUAAAACAUACAUUUGUUUCACAAAGAAUGAUUUCUCUGCACAAAUUUGACUUAAAUUGCUCACUUUACAACUAAGACACUAGUUACAAUCAUGGCUGUAUAUUUUGUAAGUGUCUU